AUGGUUGAUGACAUUGAACCACCUAAACCUACCCCUAUAUUUGGAAAUGGGACAUCAUUGGUAACUAAUGGAAUUAACAAUUCUUCAUUAGCUGCACUUAUGCAUUCAAAUAUUCAAUCAUCGUCUUCAACUACAGCGGGUCCAAGUUCUUUAUUUCUCGGAACUCCUCUUUCUACAAUGCUUCUUGCGAGUAAUCAACAACAACAGCAAAGCUCUGGAAGUAGUUCUAGUAGUGUUGGUGGAGGAAUGGGGUCCUCUGGAUGUAAUGGAAGGUUACAACCUAGACAAAGAAGAAAAGUUCCUGAUGGCGAACUGUGUGCUGUAUGUUCGGACAAAGCAACAGGCUAUCAUUAUGGUGUUGCAAGUUGUAAUGGUUGUAAAACAUUUUUCCGAAGGACAAUAGUUUCUGAACAUAGUUUUGUUUGUCAAUAUAAUGGAAGUUGUGAUGUUACUAGAAAUGUUAGAUGUGCUUGCAGGCAUUGCAGGUUUCAAAAAUGUGUUGCCGUCGGGAUGGACGCCAGAGCCAUACAAAAUGAUCGAGACAGAAUUGGCCCAACAAAGAAGAUGCGUUUAUCUUCUGGCGGGGCUGUUGAGGGUAGAAAACGCAGUUCUGUCGAUGAGGAUCAACUUUCUGUGGCUUCUUUAUCACCACAAAUGAGACAACAAGACGGGAAAUUGUUGGAACAUAUUGUUGCAAUGUAUAUAUUUUUUGUUUUUGGGAGAAGUAAAAAACGGCUUUGAUUUGUGUUCAUUCAAAAAUUUUGAUAUGUUGGGAAAAUUUCUAGUUUCCAAUGUCCGGCUUACGAGUUGAGAUUCGAACUCACUGAAUGAAUCCCCGUUUGUUAAUAUCUGGAUGCAAAUCAAGGCUACAAAUUUCUUUCUAUCCUACCAAGAACGUAGCCAGGGAGGCUUCUGGUUCAUUCAGAAGGGGCUAUAGCAUGGCUGGGCGAAAUUAAAAAAUAAAAUGCGAAACUUUAAAAAAAUAAAAAGUGAAAUGCGAAACUUCGCGCUAGAAAAGCGAAAGAUGCUAUAGCCUCUCCCCCGAACUGGCUACACCCUUGUACCCUACAAACCUUUAACAUACAAUUCCUCAUUAAAUAUUCAGAACACCUCAUCAUUGCCAUUACUUUUAAAAAAAUUUAAAAUUCAUAAUUAUUUUAGAGAAAACCUUUGUAAUGUUCUUCGCAAUUGCUGUCUUGAAGAAAGCAAAGGUGUGAGAGAAACAUUGACACAGCCUUCAUUACUUUUUCAAGCACAAAACUUACGAAAAGAUGUCAAUACAAUUUUUAAAGACCUUUAUCCAGCUUCCAUGAAUGAUAUCCAAAUGUGGAAUAUUAGGGAGCUCAGGCUUUGUUUGGAAUGGGCUAAGACUUUUGAUGAAUUUCAACGACUUUCUGACAAUGACCAAGUUUGUUUUUAUAUUAAGCG